AUGCUCAAGGCAAGUGAAGCUGUAUUUAAACUUUUCAUUGCUAAAGUUGCCAAGUUCGCAAUAAUAGAGGGAGGUUUGCAUCUGGAAGAGAUGGGUUUCGUAAUGACAGUUUUAGGGGCCGGAAAAACUUUGGUGAAUCUCCUAGCAAUGGGAGACAUGAGCAUGGGAGCCGGAGUAAUUUUUCAGAGAAAGCUCGGGGCACCUUUGAACGCAAUGGAGAAGCUCAUCAAAGGGUCUAUCAGAAUGGGGAUGGAAGACUACCCCGUCAAGGAGAGCCAAGAAGUAGAAUACUACAUGAUUGAAUAUUGUUGGAAGUUACCUCAUCUUACACAGAAUAGAGGGUCUUUUGGUAGUCAGUUUAUGCGGAGAUACAAGGUUUGGCCGCUUCAGGUCUCUUAUCCUUCCAAGAAUGCUAAUCUCAGCAUCAAACUGUGGAAGACCUCGGCAGAUUUUAAUGGUAAGCCUCUUUACAGCCACUAUGGUUCAUGGAGAGACUUCAGCCCUGGAAGUUGCACCAAAACUCCGCCACUAUCAAUGCAGUUGCUUGCAGUGCAAUUCCAUGUUGCCUGGAUGACGAUGUCAAAUGUCAAUACACCCCUAUGUCAUUGCUAA